CAGAACCCCUGCAUUUUCGAUCGCGUUUAUUACGUAAACAUCUCCUCCACUCCAGGAGACGUGACUCGGUGUGAAUGCGCCCAAAAAGUGCUGGAUGCACAGACUGAUCUUCUGCAGAUUACCUGCACGCCCCUUCCUCCACCGCACAGCACUCAGCAGAACACCGUAUAUUCGCAGAAUGGCUACUGAAAAUACUGCGAGUGGGACGCACAAGGACCCGGUGACGGGGGAGAUGAUCUCCAAGACGGAACUGAAGCGGCGAGAAAAGCAGCGCGAGAAGGAUGCUAAGAAGGCCGAAAAGGCUGCUGCUGCACCCGCGAAGCCUGCUGCAAAGGCAGCUGGCCCGAAUGAUGAUGAUUUGAACCCGAAUCAAUACUUUGAGCUACGAUCACGUCACAUCCAAAAGCUACGGGAGACCCAGUCGCCCAACCCGUACCCUCACAAGUUCGAGGUCUCAAUAUCGAUCCCGCACUACAUCGAGAAGUACGGGCCGGAGGACAAGAUAAAGUCCGGCGAGAGGCUGGCAGGCGUUGUUGAAUGCCUCGCGGGCCGUAUCCACAAUUGCCGCGCGUCAGGCCAGAGUCUCCGCUUCUAUGACCUGCACGGUGAAGGUCUGAAGGUACAGAUCAUGGCUAGCAAGCAAGAUGCGAAGGACCCCGAGGCCUUCGCGUCGGUCCACGACAACUUCAAGCGUGGAGACAUCGUCGGUGUCAUCGGCACGCCCGUCCGCACGAAGAAGGGCGAGCUCUCGAUCGCGCCGCAGGAGAUGAUCCUGCUCGCGCCGAACCUCCACCAGCUGCCGUCCGAGCACUUUGGGCUGAAGGACCAGGAGACGCGGUACCGGAAGCGUUACCUGGACCUGAUCCUGUCGCAGGACACGCGACGCAUCUUCCUGGCGCGGAGCAAGAUCAUCAACUACAUCCGCCGCUUCUUCGACGCGCUUGGCUUCCUCGAGGUCGAGACGCCAAUGAUGAGCAUGAUCGCGGGCGGCGCGACGGCGAAGCCGUUCGUCACACACCACAACGACCUCGCCCUCGACCUGUACCUGCGCAUCGCGCCCGAGCUCUACCUGAAGCAGCUCGUUGUCGGCGGGCUCGACCGAGUGUACGAGAUCGGGCGCGUGUUCCGCAACGAGGGCAUCGACCUGACGCACAACCCCGAGUUCACGAUCUGCGAGUUCUACAUGGCGUACGCGGACAUGUACGACAUCAUGGAUCUGACGGAGAGCCUGAUCGAGGGCAUGGUCAAGUCCCUCACUGGCGGCCAGACGACGCUCAAGUACCACCCCGAGGGCAAGGACAGCGACAAGGUGUACGAGCUCGAGUUCAAGCGGCCGUGGAAGCGGUACGACAUGAUCGAGACGUUGGAGGAGAAGCUGAGCGUCAAGUUCCCGCCUGGCGACACGCUGCACACGGACGAGACCAACAAGUUCCUACGUGAGCUGUGUGUGAAGCACAAUGUUGACUGCAGCGAACCCCGAACAAACGCGCGGCUGCUUGACAAGUUGGUCGGCGAGUUUAUCGAGCCCCUCUGCAUUUCCCCCGCUUUCAUUGUCGGCCACCCACAGGUCAUGUCACCACUGGCUAAGUGGCACCGUUCGCGGCCCGGCCUGUGCGAGCGUUUCGAGGGCUUCAUGUGCGGCAAGGAGUUCUGCAACGCGUACACCGAGUUGAACGAUCCGUUCGAGCAGCGCCUGCGCUUCGAGGAGCAGGUGAGACAAAAGGAGCAGGGUGAUGACGAGGCUCAAGGCAUCGAUGAGACCUUCGUUGACGCUCUCGAGCAUGGUCUGCCGCCCACUGGUGGAUGGGGCAUUGGUAUUGACCGCUUGAUCAUGUUCUUGACUGACUCACAGAAUAUCAAGGAGGUGCUGCUCUUCCCUGCGAUGAAGCCCAUUGAGACGCAGGCCAGCACGAGUGGACCGGUCGGACCCAGUGGGCAGGUCUAGGACGGUGCGCUGAUGAUUGCGCUUCUUGGGGGUAUGCUUGGGACGCAGAAAAGAAGAUUGUAAAUAUCGAUAACUUAGAUAGAGGUAUACAUGCGUUGCGCACGCAAG